UCCAUCGACACAAAAUCACAGAUUUGGUAUCCCUACCUUUAUUUUUACUUUAAUUUGACUGUGGGUGCAGGAACUCGUUCCAAGUGUCAACAAGGGAUCAUGAGACCCGAUCGAAGUUGGAUGUUGCGAAGAUUUGAUUGCUUCGGCAUUGUAAAUGAAGAAUUCAGACAAGGGGUUGAUGGUUUCAUUCGAGUUGCUACAAGAGACUCGAAAAUUGCCGAUGUAUCAGGGCGCAUUCCUUGUCCAUGCGCAAAAUGUAGGAAUCGAUAUUGGGAUACUACAUUUAAUUGGAAAAACAUUUGUAUCACCAUGGAUUUGUCGAUGGUUGUAGGUCCCUUUACCACACCUGUUAGAGAAGACAUCACUACAUUAGCUACACAAAUGUCUCAAAUGCAAGAACAGAUGCAGUCACAAUUGAAUCUACAAACACAAUCCCAAAUGCAAUUGCAGACACAACUACAAGCACAGAUGAAGGCACAAGCACAAUAUAUGCAGGCACAAUUGAAGGCACAAGCUGAUAUGCAAGCACAAAUGCAGGCACAAAUGCAGGCACAAAUGAAGGCACAAGCAGAAAUGCAAGCACUUUUGCAACAACAAAUGCAGGAACAAAUGCAGUUUUUGAGGAAAGAGAUAUUACCUGCCUUAAAGAUGUUCCAAGUGUCAACAAG